GACGCGUCGGAGGUCAGGGCGAUGGCUGUGGCCGCUGCCGGGGCGGCUCCGGUUGUACGGCGCUCGCUGGGCCGGUGCCGGCCCCUGUGCUGCGGGGCGGGUCCCCGGGGCAGAUGGGCCCUGCCCGCAGGCGGGGGGUCCCUCCGGCUGUGCAGCACGAGGGUGAGCCUGGAGGGUAUCAACAGGUCCGUCAUAGACCGCAUCAUCCGGGUGGACCACGCCGGGGAGUACGGGGCAAACCGCAUUUACGCGGGGCAGAUGGCCGUCCUGGGGAGAUCGAGCGUGGGACCCAUUAUCAAGCAAAUGUGGAAUCAAGAAAAAGACCACCUGAAAAAGUUUAAUGAGCUAAUGGUUGCAUACAGAGUUCGACCCACUGUCUUACUGCCUUUUUGGAAUGUAGCAGGUUUUGUUUUAGGGGCUGGAAGUGCUUUGCUUGGGAAGAAAGGAGCAAUGGCUUGCACAGUGGCAGUGGAAGAGAGUAUAUCAGAUCAUUACAAUAACCAGAUCCGAACACUUGUGGAAGAAGAUCCAGAAAAGUACAAAGAACUUUUACAGAUAAUAAAGCAAUUUCGGGAUGAAGAACGGGAGCACCAUGACAUUGGGAUUGAGCACGAUGCAGAAGCAGCACCAGCUUAUUCAGUUUUGAAGACAGCUAUACAACUUGGAUGCAAAGCUGCAAUUUUUUUAUCAGAAAGAAUUUAGUUAUAUUUUCUAUUAUGGCAAUAAACUGUGACACAAAAGUGUAUGCAAACUGUGGAGGACUAAUAGUUAUUUUAUACAGCCUUUUAAGGUUUUCUUCACUGAGCAUCUGAUUCAGCCAUCCUUUGUCACGUCAAGUACCUGUGCAAAAGGUAUCAAUGCUAAAGUCGGUUGAGGUAAAUGUAAAUGAAGAUGGCAGAAUUGGGUCUGUAUGAACUAAACCUCCUUAUUCAGAUACUGUUCACAAGGUGGCAGCAAAAUAUGUAUGUACAUACAUGACUUGUAUCUAUAAUAUGUGUGUAUAUAUACACACACAUCAAAAUGAUAAAUAGGUUCUCUGUUGCCUCUAAAUUUAUAUGUACUUGAAAUAAACUGGAGCUAAUUCAGCUAAUUUUAAAGAGAUUAAUACUGACUAAUUAGGAUAUUUUUGAGUUGUGUUUUCAGGGUAAGUGAGGUACUAGUAUUUCUUUUCAGUCUGUCUUGAAUAAAGGUUGGCAUUAUAAGAUUUUAA